AUGGGUAGGUCUGGCCUCGGCCGCCAGCCAGCCGGCGACGACCCGGAGGCGGAGGAGCUCGGUGGCGGCCUGGUCGGCGCCGUGCGCACGGUGGGGGCCGUGCUUCUGGGCAUCCGCUGCCGCCUUUCGGCCGAGAAGAAGUACAACAUCAAGUAUGGCCCGCCUUCGUCGCGAGUGACCCAGAUGGCCAACAUCUACCCAGGAGCUCAAUGGAAGCGCGCGAGCUUCUUGUGGAGGAUGGUCGAGACCAUCGAAGACUUCUACUUCAACGAGCAGGCAUCCUGCACAAGCGAGGACUACACGGGGAGCUUCGACCGCGAGAUGAUCGUGGUCAUCGGGCUGAACAUCUCUUGA